CGCCGAUUGAGCUAGUUGGGUGAAUGAAUGAGAGAGGGAGAGACAGAGGGAGAGAGCAGUAAAGAGGCCUUUCAGACCAAACAAUCCUGCUCUAUUUGGCUGUAGUCAACCGCUGCUGCGGUACAUAGUAGUAGCAGCGUGGAGUGAGGAUUUCUCAGUAUCUCGCUGGCUUUCAUUACCAGCUGGCUGGGCAUUGCCGAUAGCACCUCUCUAUAUGGCAUAAAGACAGAGGAUUUCUACUCCUAUCGUCCACAUUUCCCCAUGGAUUUUAUUUACUGUUACUAUUUUAGUAUUAAUGAUUUCUGCUAACACUCUCUGGAAAUUUAUUGGACUAUAGCUGAUUCAUCGGGUAACAAAAAUUCAGUUUAAGGAUUCAAUAUUGAUUUGUGAUACGCAUUAAGGAGGAGGAGGAGGAGAGGUUGGAUGAGCUACCGGUGUACGUUGCCAGGCAGGGGAUGAGAUCGAGGAGGAGGGGUUGAGAUGUGCUAAUGUUCUUUGUCUGUAAUGAGAUCUUGAGGUCCCAGACCCCUCUGAACUGAAGUGGCAAACGACGCCCCUGUCACAUAGUCCGCUGCCAGGAGAGGGCCUCCCGCAUUCUGACAAGAUUUAUCAGGAGCAUAGACCGCAGAGUUUUGCUGCUCCUGCAAUAAACCCAGAAGAGGUGUCUGGAGUUAACUCCUUUAAUCCUGUCCAUCCUGAGGAUACAACUCCAGAUACAGACAUGUCCACCAGAGGAGAUAGAUCAGUAACCAAGCUGCAAGAGAAGUACGGCAGCGAAAGACCUCUCUCGUUUGACUCAUCCGUCGACCGCCGCACAGCCUAUGCAAACUCUCAGAGUCGCUCCCUUAAAAGUCUAGAUUCCAACGCAAGCAACAGGCCGAGCAGGUACAACCAAGAUCGCUCGGCAAGCGGGUCACAGCAUCCUCACAGGUCAUCGGGUGAUUUCACCUCUGCUGGUAGAUCGGAUAGCUUUGGAGGCUAUCCAACGGGCAGCGGCGGAACGCAAGAUACCAAGCCUUCAUCACAUCAUCACCCAACAAUGUCUCAUAUACGCACUGGAGCUACAUCGGAUGCUCAUGCCCCAGGUAGGCAUCGCGGUUUCCAAGAUGAUCGGGUAAAAAUACCGGGAGAUUUAAAGCGCGGGAGCACGGAGAGCGGGUACGGGAGUUUGGACAAGGAUAAGAUCAGGCGUGGAAAUUAUAUCGGAUCAACAUCGGGAGACUCAAACCCAGUGAAUGCUAUACGGGAUAAAUACCUUGUCAAUCGGCCACUUUCAACAAGUAAUGGUGAUGCUGCUUCCAGAACAAGCUCAUAUGGGGCACGGGCCAUAGCGACCCCUCCGACAUCUGUAAGUGAUAGCCUAGCUAGAGCACUCCACAGUGGAUCAGAGUCGGAGGACUCGGAAUCUCGGGCCGCUCGCAUCGCACGAUACAAGGAGCAACGCAGGCGGGAAUUAGCGGAAAAAUACGGUCUUGGUCCUUCGUCCAGCGAGGGUGAAACGCCCUCGAGGAGAAGAUACUCCACCCAAAAGGAGGAAACCUCUCCAACUUCUGAAAGAGGGAGAAAACUGUCCAAUGCCAGUGAUAGGAGUUCUAAUUUGGAUGCUGUCCCGUUGUCAAGGAGACACCCAAGCAGGGAAUCUCUAUCCAGUAUUACCGGUGAAGUGGAAUCGAUACAUACUAAUGGAAAUACCUCUCAGGAUAAUUCACCAGCAACAACCCCAAGAUUAAGUCGGAAAGAUCGUAGGGAUUCUAACAUCUCCACGGAAACGCAGGAUUUUAUAGAAGCGUUGGAGGCGUCCCGUGCUGCACGUAGAGAAAGGUUACGUCGUUCUGAGACUGAGGACACUUCGGACGCGGCAGACAGGCUCAUAGCCAGGCAUCGCAGCAGGAGAAAGAGCAGUGUAGACAGUUCCAGUGAUGUCUUCGACUCCCCUCACAGAAGUGGUUCUAGAGGUCGCCAUGAUGACUACAGUGACUCUGAUUCAGUGACAAGCUCAGCCUCUGUCGAUAGACCGAGCAGGCGACACCUCAAGUCUGAUAGAUCAGAUAUCAGAGAGAGCAGGAGGCAAGAUACUCUAUCGGAACAAGAAGCCGGGGAUAGUAUUAGACACAUGAUAAAGAACAUAAACAACCUAUUGGCGGCGGCAACCAAAGACGACCCCAGUGUCGACGUUAAGAUCAAUUUGAUCAAGCUCAAGGAGGAGGGGAAAAACGCUGAUGAUAGCGAUAACGACAUUGACGAUAACAUCUUUGAUAUGGAAGAUUCAAUCGUAUCAAAAGAUUCUGGAAUGGAAUCCAAAUCCCCUGACUCUGGUUCCCACAAGCAACCUGACGGCUCUAACAACAACAAGCCCAACAGAGACAAGAGAAAGAGACAUAACCAGAAGGUCACGAUGGAAGACAUACAGAAGGCCAGUAAACUUAAGGGGCCUACGGAUCCAGCUCCAGCUCAGAUUACAGAGAAAUCCAAAGAGAAAGAUGUCCCUCGUUCACCAAAAAUUAUUGAGCCUCCAGUCCAUGCAGCAAAGACAUCACCCCAAGAGAUGUCCCCAAGGAGCCUGAAAGCAGGUGGCUUCAAGAUUGAAACUGUGACCAAGACUGAACUGAAGAAUGAUUCCAGCAUGCCCAAACCUGGAGAUCAGACGGUGGUCAUGAAAAGAGCCGCAUCUCCAAUCCAGGAUGUAUCGAAGAGAACGAGCUGGGGAUCAAACAAAGGGGAACCGGCAUCGAAAGACAGCUUGAAACCUGCAGGUGGAAGGCAGACUGAGGUAGAUAGUGCCUCAAGUCCUGCGAGCAAAGUUAAGCUUAGGAAACCAGAGAUUCCCAAAGGCCUCCAGGAUACAACCAGGCAGAGAAAGAACUCUGAUAGUAGCCUUUCCACAAGUGAGUCAUUAUCCGUCUCACCUACAAGGAAAGUGAGAGGUGGCAGUUUCUCUCAAAAAUCAUCAGAUAGUGAAAAGAGCGGCAAUCUUCAGAGGCCCAAGUCAAUGCCACUGAAGGAUUUGAAGGCAACAAGCCAAUCCAAAGAACAAAGCUCGAAGACUGGUGGCCAUGCCAGAGUGUCAUCUUCUCCAGAAAAGAAGCGGUUAUCAAAGACAAUGUCAUCUCCAGAAAGGAAGCCACCAAAGAAAACAGACCCAAAGACCUCUGCAGAGAGGAAGCUGUCGUCCGCUUCAUCAUCAUCAUCUGCCAAAAGUUCUCAGGUUGAUAAGAGAACGUCUUAUCCCCCCGCAAAGACAACGUCUCCUGAUAGGAAGCCCCUAUCGAGAAGGCAGUCUUCACCCGAGAAAAAGCUCACAACCAGGCCAGCUUCUCCAGAGAAGAAAGUCUCAACCAGGCAACCGUCACCAGAGAAAAGGGUGUCAAAGACAACAGGAGAGAAAAAGCUCACCAGACAAGCUUCUGCUGAAAAGAAAUCCUCGCGAACAACUUCCCCUGAGAAGAGACUAUCAGGAACAUCUUCUACGGAAAAGAAGUUACCAAGGACAACCUCUCCUGAUAAGAGAGCAUCAAAGACCUCACCAACAGAGAAGACAGGUAUAAGAGCUGCAUCUCCCGAAAAGAGGCCUUCCACAAAACGAACAGCGUCUCCUGUGAAGAAGCCGUCUGUGAAGAAGGAUUCAGAGUUAAAGACCACAAAGAAAUCUCAAGAAUCCACCAAAGCAACCAAAGAUGCUGACUACAAGAAGACAGAAAGCAAGACAAACGGUGUUGAUGUGAGCAAGAAAGAGCCAGCUAAGUCACAGCUGCUUGUGAAGAAACCUGAAAUUAAGGAGGAAAUUAUCUCUAAGAAGGAAGAAACCAAAGAAGAAGCAGUACCUGCUGCCGAAGAACCACAAAUGCCUCAGCCAGUUGUGACCAUCAUUGCACCAGCCCCUGACAGGAAACCCAGCCAUGCCAAGAGGAUAAGGAGUAGGACCAUUGAGGUUGAUGCACCCAGGAGAUUUGGAGUUCCAGACCCAAAGAGAGAGGCACUUUCUGCCAAGGACGCUGAACUCUUUGCCAUGAUGCAGAUGAGAGCCCAACAGAUCAAGGAGGAGGAGGAGAAAGAGGGGAAGGUGGAUGAGAGUGAAGAAGAGGAUGACAGAAGUGUCUCAGAGGAGAGGCCAGAAGAUGUCAUUAAGGUAUCGCUCAAGGACAGGAUGCAGUCCUUCAAGGGCAAGGAAUCCAAGCCCACCCUUGUAGAUUACAGCAAGCUACCGGUAUCACCCACACCAAAGAGAGCCACCAAGAUGCAGCCUCCUCCAGAGAACAGACCUGAGCCGGUCAACGUAAAGCAGAAUGGAGAAGAGAGGAAGAGUGGAGACGAUGAGCCAGAGGAAGAUGACCAGCUGGCCGGUCUUAGCCUUUCGGAGAAGAUGAAGAUGUUCACUCAGAUCUCAGCCAUCAGGAAGAAAGAACAGGAGGAGGAGGAUAAAAGAUCCAAGUCCAAAUCAUCCUCAAGGUUCCACCGUACGAGAGACAGAAACAGGUUCCAGACUCAGCCGGUCACCCCAGAGGAACUAACAUCAGCGUCCUCCCUGGCUAAGGAGAUGGCCGCUGCCCAAGCCGACUUAAAAGGAGAGAGUACGGAGAAGGAUGAGGACAUUGCCCGUGAAGUUAAGAGAGAGGAGAUCGAGGAGGUGAUGAAUACACAGGACAGGAUUAGGGAGGAGAUUCGACAAAACAAAUUGAGGGUAAAGAUUGCAGAGGAAGCGUCGGAGUCAUCUGAUGAUAGUCGACUGCCAUCGAUGGCAGAGGAGGAGGAACCUCCACCAGAUGUCCAGGAGGAUGAAUAUUCCAAACUGACUCUCUCUGAGAAGAUGAGACUUUUCAAAGAGAAAUCAGCAACUCCGACAAAGCCACCUCCCAAAGUCGUAGCUCCGAAGCGCAAACGGAGAAGUGAAUCAAGAUUCAGGACUCAACCCAUCACUGUUGAUGAGGUUAAGAAAGCAGCAGUGUCUCCUUUAGCUAAGAGUUUCUCACGGCCGCCAAGCGUAGAGAUCCUUGGUGUGCUACCUAUCGCUCAGCAGGUCUCGUUGGUGUAUGGGGAAUCUAAUGCUACUCCCAAUCCUGCCACCAUGAACGGUAAAAGUGUCACAUCGUCCCGCAGAAGUUCCAGCUCAGAUGUCAAAGUAGAGCCAAAAGAAGCCGCCACUCCUAAACAACUGCCCAAGAAAGAAGCAGAGGUGAAGCCUCAGUCUUACAAGGACUCUGUUAAGAAGCAGAAGAACCUGAUGGCCAUGCUGGCAUCUGAAAUUCAUGGAGUGGCAAAAGACGAUGAGGAAGUUGAGCACCCAAAGUCGGAGGCUGUGGAUGCGAGUAUAAAGAUGGCUAGGUUAGGUCAUGAUGUGACGUCACCAACUGAAGAGAAGAAGAUGGUCUUGGAACCUGUUGAGGCUAAACCUGUUGAACAGACAAAAACAGCUCCUGUAGCUUCCAGCAGAAAGAUCGACAAUGUCGCUCAAAAAUCCCCACCGAGCCCUCAAACGAGACAUUCUCUUAGUCAGAAACAAGGCACCAAAGAGGCGCCAUCGAGCCCCACCAAGAAGCAGUUGUCAAGUCCUGAGAAGAAGCUGACCAAACCUCAGCCCCACCCCAGGAGCCCGAAGAACAUCCGGCGCAACGGAACGGCAGCCAAGACCACCAAGGACGCUGCUGCUCCCACGUCACCUAUGCCUCCCCCGAGGAAAUCCAAGAUUGGGGGAUCUCCGGCGCCGAUGAGGAGGCAGGACUCCAGGGAUGGGGACAUCUCAAGUGGUGCAGAGGAUGGGAAGAGGAUCAAGAAUGGUGCCGCCAAGGGGUCGUCCUCAGAGUUUGCCACACCUCAGAGGGAAAAUAAGGCGGACCAGAAAAUUGAAGAGUGGAGCUCUGAGUCGGAGUCAGAGGUGCGGCAGAGGACCUCCCCGGUCACAGAGCAACAUGUAGCCCUCAUCAAGAAGAAGUCCAAGAAGACUAGCAAUGCCGAGAAGAGAGACAGGUAGGCACUCUAUUUACUUCUCUGCACCUUUUAGUUUUUAGGAGAAUAUUAGAAGAGCAAAGGGCAUUUGGCAGGUGUUAAAGGAGAAAGAGUGGGAGAGAGGAAAGAGUUAGGAUGGGGGGGGGGGGGGAGGAGUAGAAGGGGGGAAUUUCUAAAUGUAUUACAAGUUUGUCGUAUGGUGAGGGGUGGGAGAAGAUAGAGAGAGAAAGUGGUGGAGUUCUGUACUAUACCAUUCUUUCUCUUUUCCAUAAAUAAAAAGGAAAUGGAUUGGGAUGUGGCAAGGAAGAAGUGAACUGUGAAGGAGGUGAGUGGAAUAGGGAUGGAGAAAGUUAGGAAAAGAGAUAGAUGGAGGAGUAAAGGAGAAUAUGAGAAAAGAAUGAAAGAUGGGAGGAGAAAUAUACAAUAAUCAUGAAAUAUUAUUAAUAAGUCGGUAUAUGAGAAACAGAAAAAGUUUGGUCAAUUAAAAAGAAAACGAGUAAGAAU